ACGAUUCUCCACCAAAACAACCAAGGCCUGAAGAUCUCUUUCAUGUUCGCUGAAGACGACACUCUAAUGUUUGUAUAAAUUCCCCACGGAACACCAACGAAAGAAAAACAAGGUAUUUGGAUCGCAGAAUCAAUCAAAAUUGAUUGAUGGGUUCGAGCGACGACAUGCCGGUGGGCACGGUGAAGAACAUUCUGGAGCAAGAAUCGCUCAAGUGGGUAUUCGUCGGCGGCAAAGGCGGAGUGGGGAAGACUACGUGCAGCUCCAUCAUGUCAAUUCUGCUCGCCAAAGUUAGACCCUCUGUGCUCAUAAUCUCCACCGACCCCGCCCACAACCUCAGCGAUGCGUUCCAGCAGAGGUUCACCAAGACCCCCACCCUCGUUAGCGGCUUCACAAACUUGUACGCAAUGGAAGUUGAUCCUAAUGUGGAGAAUGAGGAAAACCUUAGUUCAGAUGGGGCCGAUGGGUUUAUGUCAGACUUGACAAAUUCGAUCCCUGGAAUCGAUGAGGCUAUGAGUUUCGGAGAAAUGCUCAAGCUAGUGCAGACUAUGGAUUAUUCUGUUAUAGUAUUUGAUACAGCUCCAACUGGUCAUACUCUUCGGUUGUUACAAUUUCCCUCGACAUUAGAGAAAGGUCUUUCAAAGCUAAUGAGUUUGAGGAAUAAAUUUGGUGGAUUGUUCACCCAGAUGACUCGCAUGUUUGGUGUUGGUGAUGAUUUUGGUGAGGAUGACAUCUUGGGGAAGCUUGAAAGUAUGAAAGAUGUGAUCGAACAAGUAAACAGGCAAUUUAAGGAUCCCGAUUUGACUACUUUCAUCUGUGUUUGCAUUCCGGAGUUCCUGUCUCUGUAUGAAACUGAGCGACUAGUUCAAGAACUUACAAAAUUUGAGAUAGACACUCAUAAUAUCGUUAUUAACCAAGUAAUAUUUGACGAAGAAGUUGUUGAAUCGAAAUUGCUCAAAGCUAGAAUGCAGAUGCAACGGAAGUAUCUGGAUCAGUUCUAUGUAUUGUAUGACGACUUCAACAUAACUAAGCUACCCUUGCUGCCCCAGGAGGUUUGCGGAGUUCAAGCCUUGCAAGCAUUUUCACAACAUUUUUUGACCCAAUAUGAAGCAUCUAUUCAACGCGGGACGGUAGAGGAGGUGGAGCAGAGAGUAUCGAUCUUAAAAGAACAGCUCAAAGGAGCUGAAUUGGAACUUGAAAGCGUUAAAAAAGGGAAACAGAAGGCUUGAUUGCCGGGAAACAGUCAGCAUUGCAGCCCCCGACUUUGUCUCAUUUCAACUCCAACAUGGGUAUCAUUAGCAUGUGUAGUUAAUUUAAAUCUUGCAGAUAUUCUUUUUCCUCAAGGCCAAUAAGGGAAGAUUUAUUUUUUUUAAUUUUUUAAAAAUAUUAGUUUUAUUAUUCAAUGAAGGGAAUUUUUGUAUCUGACCAGAAAUGCAGAGUCCAUUUUAUUCAAAUGUCAACAUUUACAGGCGCUCUAUAAAAGAAUUCUACUUGUCGGGCGAUAGGACUCCUCACUGUUAUGCAUGUGAGUGAGCCCGAUAGAACGAGAACCUUGUCAGGCAUAGGCUUCGCCUUCACCAUGACUUUGAAGCUCUGUCCCUGCAGCCCGAUAGAACGAGAACCUUGUCAGGCUGGCUUCAGCAUGAUCUCUAUUCUCUACCCCUGACCGAACGGUGGCAACUGUUGAUUUGAGAUUAUUGCUGCAAAUGAGAGAAACAAGUAAUCUGACAAGAAUUGUUGUGAAAUGUAUCAUAGAAGGAAAAGCAGAACAAGAAACUAUGCUUUCCAUGAAUAGUAUGAAUACUCAUCCAAGACUCUAGCAAGACUCCCUUGUCUCUGCUAUAGGAUUUGGAUCGGCAAAUCAUGGAAGGAAAUUUGAGCAUUAUGGGAUCUUAGAUUCUGUCUGAAAAUGAUUUUGGAGUAUUAGUUACUACGUACUUAGUUAUGCACUACAAAAUAAUUUUAUAAUAGUGUGAUCCUAUACCCCCUGUAAUGUGGAAAUAUAUUACACCAAUAAUCAAUAUGCUAGUGAAAUUUGAAAUCGAAGACCUCUCGUCAAUGAGAGUUAUGCAC